GACCACAUUGUACGACAAAAAGAAUCAUUUUUCUCUUCCUCUCUCUCUAUAUAUUGGGAUUGUUUGCUUUAUAUAUAGAGACAAGUCCUUCUGUUUCUAUUACCAUCCCUCACUUUGCAUGAGAACUUCUCCCAUCUAUCUGUCUAUCGAUCUCGAUUUUCUAUAUUUGCUCUCUCACUGUUCUCCUUCUCUUUUUGUCCCAGCACGCCUUAGACAAGCAGAUAGAAACCACCCACAUAACAAAAUCACUCCUUUUCAGGUUCCAACCAAGGACUGCUUAGUCUGAUUCUGAUUCUGUGGAUGGAUCCUUCUAGUGAACAACCCCAGCAAAUGUCUAGCCAGACAGUGGAGAAGAAACCAAGGCCUAAUCCAGAACAAGCUCUGAAAUGCCCAAGAUGCGAUUCCACCAGCACAAAAUUUUGCUACUACAACAACUAUAGUCUUUCUCAGCCAAGAUAUUUCUGCAAGUCUUGCAGGAGAUAUUGGACCAAAGGAGGAACACUGAGGAAUGUUCCAGUGGGAGGAGGAUGCCGAAAGAAGCGAUCAUCAUCAUCAUCAUCGUUAAAGAGGGAUCAUGAUCAGAGUUUCAAACCGAAUCUUAACCCACUCACUACAUUCCCUCAGCUGUGUUAUGGCUCCAAUGACUUCACUCUAGCAUUAGCAAGACUUCAAAAACAAUCAUGUGGCCAAUUGGGUUACAAUGACAGUGAAAUUUCUGCGCUGGGGAACCCCACAGGCUCGUUCUGUGACGUUCUGAGCAAUUCAGGCAUGAAUCCCUACUCAGACCACCCUUCAUUUUUGGACGCAAUUCGAAGUGGGUUCCUUGAAACGCAAAACCAUCUUCAGAAUUUGUAUUACAUGUACGGAAAUGGGGACAUUGGGGAGGUAGAUAAUGGCAAUUCUGGUGGAGUUGGAAUCAGUGAAGAGAUGAUGCUCCCUUAUAAUCAAGUGAUGAGCAAUGCAGCCACUCAAUCAGUGAGUGCAUUACUGAAGCAAGAACAGUGUGGUGGCAGUGAGCAAAGUGAAAGGAAGCUGUUGGGAGGUUCGCCAUGGCAGCUUAAUGCAGACACAAACAUUGCUGAAAUUGAUUCAGGAAGAGCAAUUGAAAGUUGGAACAAUUUCACAUCUUCUUGGCAUGGACUUCUCCAGAGUCCCCUAAUGUAGAACCCCAACUGCAAGAAAAAUCACAAGGCACUUUCUUGACUAAAAUAUCAGUCUUUAUCAAACUGUCAAUCCUCUUUAGUAUUGGGUUAACAGGGAUAUGAUUCACUUGGAUCCUUUCUUUUCUUGUGUUUUUU